CAGUCGCUGAGAUUUCACUGAGCGUGAUGGAUCCAGAGAAGAAGAAUAGCGCCAUUCUGAGGGAAGGAUUCCUGGUGAAGAGGGGUCAUUUUGUUCACAACUGGAAGGCACGCUGGUUCGUGUUGAUGCCGGACAAGCUGCAGUAUUACAAAUAUGAAGGAAGUAAAAGAGACUCGUGUCAGCGAGGAAAGAUCCUGCUCAAGGACUGUGUGUUGACUUGUCCUUAUCUGGAGUAUGAAAACCGACCGUUGGUACUGAAGCUGAGAACGACCAAUCGGGUGGAUCAUUUUCUGGAGGCUUGUUCCAGAGAGGAGCGAGACGAGUGGGCAGCUGACAUCACUGCUGCUGUGGACAGGCUGCGAGCGGCUGGUGGUGGGAACAUGAAGAGCGAGCAGAAACCAGCUGUGUCACAGUUACACAACAUAGACCUCAGCAAAGUGCUGGACUCCAUGUAUGACGUCCACAGUGGCAUCAAGAUGAGCAGCCAUGUGGAGCAGGGCUGCACGUACAGCAACUGCUUCUCAGGUUCAUCUGUGGUGGACUGGCUGGUCUUCAUGCAGCUGGCUCUGACCCGUGUAGAGGCCGUGACUCUGGCCACUGCCCUGCUGGAGGAGGGUUUCCUGCGGACUGUGGGUCAGAAGAGUGUGGAGGCCCUGCGCACCGCCGGCCUCACCGAGCAGUUCAUGGACGACUCCACUGCACUGUACAGCUUUUCUGACAGUUUGACAAAAAGAGGCAGCGUGAAGGCCGAGACGUCGCUGUCCGCAGUGGAGCUGAGUGGACAAGUCGUAAAGACGGGAUAUCUGCUGAAACAGGGACACCGACGCAAGAACUGGAAGGUGCGGCUGUUUGUGCUGCGUUCAGAGCCUGAUUUCCUUCACUACUAUGAUCCCACAAGAGAUGACCUCAACCCUGUGGGCGGGUUCUCACUGCGCGGCUGUCUGGUGUCGUCUCUGGGCGAUAACGGAGUUCCCUCAGGUGUGAAAGGCAACAUUCAAGGAAACCUGUUUAAGAUCAUCACUCAGUCUGACACACAUUAUUUCAUCCAGGCGCCGAGUCACCAGGAGAAGAUGGAAUGGAUCGAAGCGAUCAGCAAGCAGACGUUAAUCAGCAGAUGAAAAUGAAAAUACCUGAAUUUACACAUUCUGUGAAUGUCCUGCAGCAAGAAAAACAGAUUUUCUAUUUUUUUUUUAAUCCCCAAAAAGUUGGAAACGACAAAUGGGUUUUAGCCUGACUAUAUUUAAUUUCACAAUGUGUAUAUAGAAGUUUUUAAUUUUUAUUUUUUAACAACUGUAGCAUUUCUCCAGUGUAAAGUUCAUUUAGUCAAAAAAUGAAAAACAUUUUGUUGUUGACUAAUUUGUAUUACAAAUCCACACCAUUUAUUCUGUGAUUUAUCAGUAAUUAAUAACUUAAUAAAAUAUAAUACUUUCUUUGGUAUUGAAUAAGUGAUUCCCAUCUUUUCUCACUUGUAAAGACCCCAAAAAACGUAAAACUCAUUAUGGUACAGAACUUUGUCUUUGUUUUUUGUUUUUUUUCUUCUUAGAUACACUAAUUAUUAUCUCAGCUUUUUGCUGUAUGGGAAGCUUUGUCUCAUAAAGGGCAAGUGGAAAAGAUUAAACUGAUUUAAGUGAGUUAAUCCAAAUUAUCCACCAGUUUUCCUUAAGCUCCAAAUUAAAUAUUAGGAUUUUUUUUUUAAGUACAGAUUUCCAUUAUAGUUUCAUACUUUGGCUCCUAUUAUGAAAAAUGUUUUCAACUCAUUGAUGUGGUCUGAAUGUCUUAGAUUUUACAUCCUGUUUGGAAUAUUCCUGUUAUAUUU